AAAAGGCGCACACUGUAUCCCUCCCCCGUCCCUUCAAUUUCCUUCAUGCUUGUUUCGGGAGACGCUCCUUCGCCCUUUCCCUUCCCUUUGUUCGAUUGAAGAAACAGCCCAACCCCCACCACUUCUCCACACGAAACCCACAUGGAGGAGAUGGUCGACGGCGGAAAUCGCUUCUUGUGGCCCCCUCCCGCCGGUCCCUGCCGUUAAUGACGGGCGGCUUCCUGCGUCGAGAAGAUGGGCAGCGAAGGCGACUCCCCGGAGAACUGCCCCGAGGCACGGCGCCAGCGGAUCGAGAUGCGGAUCCUCGGGGCUGCCGGAGAAGGCGCUGGACCGCCGAGCCGGAAGAGAGCCGGGAAGCUGCGGGAGGCCCACGAGGAGCCAGAAACCUCAGGAUUCUCCGUGAGCGAGAAGCGGAACCGGUUCGCCGAUGGCGGCGCUCCGUCUCCUCGUCCGCAGAGCUCCUCUUUGGCGGUGUCGUCGUCGUCUUCCACGUCUUCGGCUUCUGACGGAGAACCUGUCUCUCUGGCGAUCGGGUCGACUUCCGGGUCGGUGCCGGCGGUGGCAUUCGGAUCGAUAUCGCUUGCCGGCCGGUCGAGGGAGAUGGAGGACGCUGUAUCCAUCCAGCCGGAUUUUUUCCGGGCGGAAGGAGGCCCCUCGAUCCAUUUCUUCGCCGUCUUCGACGGCCACGGUGGCUCCCACGUCGCGGCUCUGUGCAAAGGGCAGAUGCACGUGCUGCUGGCGGAGGAGCUUGGCCGGGCGGAGACGGAGACGGAGAGGGAGAGGGACGCGGAGGCGGAGGAGGCGCGGAUAAAGACGGCGAUAGGCCGGAGCUUCGCGCGGAUGGAUGAGCUGGCGCUGAUGGCCUGCGCGUGCGGGACGAUCGGGCUGCCGCCGUGCGGGUGCGAGCGGUCGGGAACCGAGUCGGAGAUUGUGGGCUCAACGGCGGUGGUGGCGCUCGUCGGGGGCGGCCGACUCGUCGUCGCCAACUGCGGGGACUCGCGGGCAGUGCUUAGCCGAGGCGGCCGCGCGGUGCCGCUCUCCGACGACCACAAGCCGGACCGACCGGAUGAGCUGGCGAGGAUCGAAGCGGCGGGCGGAAGGGUGAUUUAUUUGAACGGGGCACGCGUCUACGGCAUACUGGCCAUGUCACGGGCGUUAGGUGACAAGUACUUGAAACCCGCUGUGAUAUCUGAACCGGAGAUCCGUGUGGUGGAGAUAACAGCUGCAGAUGAGUGCCUGAUCAUCGCAAGCGAUGGCCUGUGGGACGUCCUGCCUAAUGAUCUCGCAUGUGACGUGGCUCGACGGUGCUUGGAAGAAGCAGACCCAACAAGGGGAUCCGAGCGUCUCGUCCACGAAGACGGUGGUGAUACGGCAGGUGACCCGGAGAAAGAACACGCAUCCGACGCACGCUGCUCUCUUGCAGCAGCACUGUUGGCCAGGCUUGCUUUGGGGAGGAGAAGCGCUGACAAUAUAAGCGUAGUUGUCAUUGACUUGAGAAGAACUCGAGGACGGUCUGCUUGAUACAAUGAAUUUGUAUCGUCUGCUUGAUAUAAGCGUAGUCGUCGCUGACAAUAUAAGUCUUUAUUGUCUGCUUGAUACAAUGAGUUUGUUCGAUGGAUCGAAGGGUUUACUCAACAAGGAAAGAAAUUUGAUGAA